UUUGCGAUUCAUCGGUAUUGCACAGAAUGAAAAUUUUUUACACAUUCGCAGUGGCAUACGCAGUAUGUUUAUUAGCCGUAGAAAUUUCAGGGGAACAAAACACAAAAACCAAACGCGGUAAAAAAACCAAUCUACGACCGUCCCGUCAGCUUAAUAACAACAAUGCAGACCAGAUGGUUCAAAAUAUCCUAAAAUGGCUACAAGACGUUUACGGACAACAAAGUAGAUCUAUUCGUCAAGAUGCUCUUAGGGAAUAUUUACCACCAACAAUGUCUCAGAAACCAAGACCUUUCGAGCCCAGACCUGUAGAUAAUGGAGGUGGGGUCGAUAAUAACGGAAAUUUCGUAGAUUCUGGUUAUCCUCCUGCUGGUAGUGUGACACCGCAACCACCUUUUACUAUCUACACUAAUCCGGCUACUGGAGGAAUUACGGGGAUCGGAUCUCCUGGAAUACCCGAUGAAUAUUCUACCGGAAGUACUGAAACAAUAUCUUCUGCAACUACAAAUUUUCCUCUUAAAACAGAUGUUACAGAAGUUUCUAGUGUUUCAACAAAACUUUCGGAUGUAACGGAAAAUAAUCAAGAUUCUGAACCUUCUCUAGAAAUAGACAUUACUUCGGGAACUACUUACCUUCCACCUGUUUCUGAAAGUAUUCCAACAAAGCUUCCGGAUGUAACAGGAAGUGAUACAGGCACAACACCGGGUCCAGAAAGUCCAACUCAAGGUCCACAAGUGACAGAACAAGUAACUGGUUAUCCGACGAGACCUCCAUACCAACCGGGUAUUUCAACCCAACCCCCGGAAUUAAUUGUACCUGGUGGCGGCGACCAAACGUCAGGAACUUCAGAGCAAACUCCAGGUACUUCGGAGCAAGGGAUUCCCGAAGUAACUCCUGGAUACACAACAGGUAUCCCCGUACAAGAAACGCAAGGUUAUCCUUCGGGUAAACCACAGUCUGAACCAACCGGAUACCCUUCGAUUGGAACGUCGGCUCCUUCGGGUUUUACUGCUUCGACAGAAAUUCCCAGUUUCCCCACAAUUAAACCGACGACGGGAGAACCAGCAGAAACUGAAUCUCCAUCUAAACCAAUCGAAGAAACUGAAGGUCCGCUACCGAGUUCCGAGUCGGCGACUGCUCAACCAUCGAGCGCUAUUCCUGAGGUUACCGGUACUGUUACUGAAGGAAUUACCGGCCAGACCGAAGGGGAAUUGCCCGGCGCAUCUAGCGAAACACCAACAGAAGAUAAUCCUGCUACGGGCGAAGAAAAUGCCGUUAAAGGCGUUCCCGAUGACGAUGACUCGAAACAUCCUCCUCAUAUCCACGCUUUGGACGUUCAAUGCGCCAAAGAAAUGAUGACCAUCGACAUAGAAUUCAAUAGGGAGUUUGACGGUGUCAUAUACUCGAAGGGGUACUACAACAUGCCGGAAUGUCGGUACGUCAACGAAAAUUCCGGACAAACGAAGUAUACGUUCACCGUCAAUCUGAAUAUGUGCGGCACCGAAUUCGUGAACGCUUUCGACACGGAGGGCAGAAGUUAUUUGGAGAACGUUCUAGUUCUCCAAAACGAAGCUGGUAUACAAGAGGUUUGGGAUACGGUUAGAUCCGUCCGAUGCCUUUGGGAAGGUAGCCUCAAAGAGCAGCUCAGCGUUACGUUAAUGGUCGGAAUGUUAUCGCAAGAAAUCGUUACGUUCAGCGGCGAUACAGCCGUGGCGAAAUUGGACGUCGUAUUAGGGAGAGGUCCAUUUGGUCAGCCGGCAAGCGGCUUAGUCAAAAUAGGAGAACAAAUGACAUUAGUGGUAUCGGUAUCGGGAGAUCCAGGUUUCGACGUCCAAGUGAAAGAUUGUAGAGCUGCAGAUUCUUCUGGCAGUAAUAUCGUACCGUUGACAGACGACAACGGAUGUAUAUUGAAACCAAAACUGUUCGGAUCUUUCCAAAAAACAAGAAACACUGGUGAAACCGGAGCUUCGAUAAUCGCUUAUGCUUACUUCAACGCUUUCAAAUUCCCGGACGUGAUGGAUAUAAUGAUAGAAUGUAAUAUAGAGCUCUGUAAAACCGAUUGCGAAAUGUGUCCGGAGCCUAAUCAGCAGAUAGAACCAGCGAAACGAAGGAAACGUGAUAUUAGCAACGAGACUUUACACGAUUCGAUUUUAAUGGCGAAACACCUUCGGGUUGUUUUACCGGAAGAUCUGACGUCCGCGGUGGAUUUAGUCCAACGCGACGGUGUUUGCGUGUCCACGCAAAGUUUCGUUUAUUCAACUUCGAUUUUAAUAUCUUUACUCACUGCUAGUUGUUUAUUGAGUGCUUAUCUAUGGUUUACUAAGCAAAAACAAAAAUCAGUGCAGUUUUAAAAUAAUUUUUCCAACGCUAAAGUGUAUUUUGAAAGGUCUGAUAAAAUUUUAUCAGCCCAUUGUGCCACAAUCCUUGAGAUUUUGAUUUAUUGCAAAACGAUCUUUCAAAAUAUCACUUCAAGAAUAUGUUUAAAUUGAUCUAUAAACGUGGCAACGUUGCUAGUAACUGUCAACCUAUAAAAUAUAACCUCAAAUUUAAAAUUGAGGUUAUUUCUAAUCAAAAUCAAUUAACAGUGAGUAAUGUUGAAAAAUUUUUAUUUCUAGGUUAUGUUUCUGACGUCAUUGCGUAUCCUAAUUACUUUAUUUACGUUUUAUUUCUUGAAAAAGCUUUCAUUUUAAUUUUUUGUGGUAAAUAUUGAUUAUAUACUAUCAUUUUCAUUUCAAUGAACUAUUACUGUUUUAAUUCGUUUUUAAUAAGAAAUUUAUCGAACAAUGUAGUAAAUAGUGAAAAAAAUAGAAAAGUAUAUCAAUAAAAAUCGUUAAAAUUAAAAAGCGCGAAGGAAACAAAAAAAUUGGGACUCGAAGAGACGUCACAAACUUAACCUUAAAGUUCGAAACUCUUCUAUAUUAUAUUGACGACUAAUCGAUUAUGACAUUUGUUAAAUCGAUUUAUAGGCAGUGUAAAAUUGCGAUUUAGUAGUAAAUCGAUUUAAAACUAAUGUUAGCAAGGCGAGUGCGCUCAUAAAAUCGAUUUUUGGUAACAUUAGCGCGUAUGGUCAGCUAUUUUUAUUCAGUCAAUGGAAAUCAUUGAAAUAGCAAAGUAAACAAACCAACUGGAACUUGAAGAGACGUCAAAAACAUAACCUUAAAGUGCGAAACUAUUCUACCUAUAUUGAGGGCUACUCGAUUUAGUUUGAAUCGAUUCAUCCUCAUUCUACAAUCACGAUUUGGUGUUAAAUCGAUUUAAAAGUAGUGCGCUGAUAAAAUCGAUUAUUGGUGGCAGUGGUACGUAUGGUCAGCUAUAUUAUUCGUUUGAUGGUUAUAAAUGAUGUUCUUUACUUUGUAAUUUUCCUCAUUUCCGGUGAUUUUUUUCUCAUAUGUCCUACUUUCCACACUUCCUGGGUCCAUAUUGGUCUUUACUAUGUAAUUUUCCUCAUUUGCAGUGAUUUUUUUCUUAUAUAUCCUCCUUUCCACCCUUUCCCGGUCCAACAUGGUCUUUACUAUGUAAUUUUCCUCAUUUGUAGUGAUUUUAUACUCAUAUGUCCCACUCUCAUGACUCUCACAAUAUUUUUGAUUUCUGUUUCAUCUUUUAAUUCUCUAAUUACUUCUGUAUAGUAUUGUUUCCUCUCUGGUAGUAUCUGAUCCAGAAUAAGUAGAAAAAGACGAAUAAAAUUUUUCGAUAUCAUCCUUCGUGUUCGAGACAUCAAUGUCGAAAAAACCUUCGCCUUUGAAACCAUCUUUAAUUUAUUGUUAAAUAUUUUUAUAGACGGUACUAAGGUUGAACUAUUUCUCUAUUCAUCGUGUUUUAUGUAAUAUUUAUCAGGAAGCGAUGAAAGUCAUAUAUAACUGCCCAUUUUGCUUCAAUAAUCCUUUCUUCUUAAUAUCUUAUUGAAAUAUCAGGUUAGAUUAUGUAAAAAUUGAAUAAAAACCUUUCAAAUCGAUAAAAUCUUUAUUCUAAACCAGUGUUUCCCAACCUUUUUUGUGCCACGCCCUUUCUAAAAUUAUAUUAUAAAAAUAUAUAAUAUAAAAUUAUACCUAAUAAUUAAAUGGUCCGGAGCGAAAGCGAAGAAAUACUGUUCGAGAGAAGUAUUCAACAUAAUCUGUUCUAUAAAGCGAAUCUUGAACUAAUGUUUAGUUGUGACCUUUAUUUUCCUUAGGUUAGUUUGACUUCAGAUUGCGACAUCAUAGAAAUCGUAUUCUCUUUCUGGUCCAUUAGAAUUUUUCACUCUUUGAGAUAAUUUUCCUUUUUUGGUUAUUGGGCUUGUUUCUUCCCUUUUUAUUUACCCUCUCAUAUUCUGUCUCCAAUUUGCAUUUCACUACCUUUUCCAGUUAAUCAGACAGGGUGAUAAUUAUAGAGGUAUAGUUUAUAUCACAAUAGGUAAAAUUGGAAUUCACACAAUUUUUUCUUAAUUAUGUCUUCCAUAUUUCAUAAUAAUAACUGCAGUUAAAAACCCUUACGAAGUACUGUAGGUUUUAUCAAAUUAAUCAUAAUUGAACUUCAUUUUUUGUUAUUUAUAAUAGGAUACUGGCAUAUUAGCUUCGAUUUGUAGUCUUAUAGUAUUUAAAAUAUUGACAGAUCUUUUCACUGCCAUUUAUAAAUGUAAAAAAUGUAAUAAACUGCCUUUUUAAAAAAAAUCAAAUAUAAUUUAAAAAUAAAAUCAGUAAAGAGCUUGCUGUUUUUUAAAACAGCUAACAACUGAUUCU